AUGUCUCGGUCGACAAUCGCAUCAACAUUGGCUAUCGCUGGCUUUCUCACAGAACCCGUGGUUGGUUUGGCAGGCUGGUGGACUUGGUCGCCCGACACUCUCACGCCUCAUUUCGCCUACCAAGACCCUGGAUCUGGAAAUAUUUUGCACAGUUCUUGUAACAGCAAUGGCUCGGCCGCUUUCUCAACCGAUAAUCCGAACAAAUUCCCUGUCAAAGCCCAGCCAAAGGCUGCGACACCACUUGCAGUGACGGGCUGGUGGGAUGACGACCUCAACACACCGAUUGCUUCAAUCUUCUACCAGGCAACCGACGACUCGAUCAUCAAUGCGUUCUUCACAUGCGACAACAAAACAGGCAACUACAAGCUCAAUCCCGAUGGCAACGACGUUGUAUCCGACCUCGCAGGCGCACCCUCUGUACACGAAAAGACUGGCCUAGCGGUCACGGAGCUGGGGGACUCGGGCGGCUACCGACUAUAUUACCACGACGAAGACGGGCUAGUCAAUCUACUGGCAUAUGACGACGAUACCGAUUGGCGAUACGAUGGGCCUGUAUCACUCAAGAAGGCUGGUGGCAUGGGAAUAGCUGCGUUGCAGACAAAGGGUACGAAUAUAUCGGUCGCUUAUCCAUACGAUAGUAAAAACAUUGCCGUUGCUCGCUUCAACAAUGAGAACAAGAACAAAUGGAGCAUGGAAUCGUUCCCGACACCCUUCGAUAGCCCAGCGCCGACGAACCAAACGGACCCUUCGGAUAUAAGACUCGAUUCCUCGGGAGGCGACUCAAUCCAGCUCUCCUCGUUCGAUAGCGCGGUCAACCUUGGCCUUUCUUCGUCUAAGAGUCAACAGCUGUCUGUUUUCUACAUAGGCGAAGAUGCUGAGUUGCAUGCUGCAUCACACGUCGAUGGGAGUUGGGAAGAGCAGGAAACUCCUGGCAAGAAGAAAUGGCCUCAUGUAGACAGCGCGUCCGGACGAUUGGCUGUUGUUUCACCCUUGGAAUCAGACAAGGUCUGGGUAUACUAUACAAGUGGCGAGAAGGUCAUGGAGCUCCAUAGAGAUGGAAGAGGAACAUGGGCCGAUGCCAGAACUCCCUCUCCGAAGAGCGCUACAAUCACCGACGACUCGGAUGGAUCUGACGGGGACGACAACUCGAAAGACUCGGAUGGUGGCUUCAACUCUAGUGAGGAUGCGACCGACAGCUCAUCUUCAUCAAAAGGCAUCACAACUGGCGCAAAGGCUGGGAUUGGUAUCGGUGUCGGUGUCGGCGUAUUGGCUGUCGCUGCUACUGUUUUCUUGUUCCUCCGAAGACGACGUCAGAAAGAUGCUACGAGCGAGCGUAAAGGUUCAGUUGGGGAACUUGCAUCAAGAAAUAGCUAUCAUGAGUUGCAGACCGAAGUGCAUCAGCCACAGGAAAUGCCAUUGACAACACCAACUCAACAGCACGAGUUGCUGGGUGAUACAAGACACAGAGAUACACAAGUGUAG